AUGUCUGAAUACUCCAGGUUCCUGGACUAUUCCGCCAAAAUCCGCCGUGAAUAUGAGCUGCCAGUCUGCAGUACUGGUGACCGUCCUGAUGGGCUCCAACCCAGGGAUGUCGAGGCAUCCAACGGCGUUUCCCUCCUAGAGGAGGACUCGCUGUCAUUCCUGUUCUCCAGACAAGUCGUGGGAGGCGAUGACUAUUCGUGCGGCCCAGACCGUCCCCGCAGAAACGGCGCAUGUUGCCCGAAAGAGACCCUCCAGUGUAACUAUGGCGAGGAGUACUGCGGCACAUCGGGCAUCUCACCUAAUGAAGUCUGCUGGUCCAACUGUGAUGCCAAAGCAGAAUGUGGCAAGAACGCCAAAGUCCCUGGACAGAAGUGUCCUCUCAACGUCUGUUGUGGAAAGGGAGUGCUGUCUUGA